GCGGAGAGGAGGAGGAACGGCCGGGCUGGCUGCGGAAGGGGAGGGGGGGGAGGAGGCGAUUGGAUGCGGCGGCGGCGGCGGAUCCCGGAGAACAGCGGAGUGAGAGGAGUAGCGAGUCGGCCACCCGGAGGGGUAAAAAUAUUUCCAUCAUGGCUCAUUCAAAGACAAGGACCAAUGAUGGAAAAAUUACCUAUCCUCCUGGUGUCAAGGAAAUCUCAGAUAAAAUAUCUAAAGAGGAAAUGGUGAGACGGUUAAAGAUGGUUGUGAAAACUUUCAUGGAUAUGGACCAGGACUCUGAAGAAGAAAAGGAGCUCUAUUUAAACCUAGCUUUACAUCUUGCUUCAGAUUUUUUCCUCAAGCAUCCUGAUAAAGAUGUUCGAUUACUGGUAGCCUGCUGCCUUGCUGAUAUUUUUAGGAUUUAUGCUCCUGAAGCUCCUUACACAUCCCCUGAUAAAUUAAAGGAUAUAUUUAUGUUUAUAACAAGGCAGUUAAAGGGGCUAGAGGAUACAAAGAGCCCACAAUUCAAUAGGUAUUUUUAUUUGCUUGAGAACAUUGCUUGGGUCAAGUCAUAUAACAUAUGCUUUGAGUUGGAAGACAGCAAUGAAAUUUUUACCCAAUUAUACAGAACAUUAUUUUCAGUUAUAAACAACGGCCACAAUCAGAAAGUUCAUAUGCAUAUGGUGGAUCUCAUGAGUUCUAUUAUUUGUGAAGGUGAUACAGUAUCUCAGGAGCUUUUGGAUACAGUUUUGGUAAAUCUGGUACCUGCCCAUAAGAAUUUAAACAAGCAAGCAUAUGAUUUGGCAAAGGCUUUACUGAAGAGGACAGCUCAAGCUAUUGAACCAUAUAUUACCAAUUUUUUUAAUCAGGUUCUGAUGCUUGGGAAAACAUCUAUCAGCGAUUUGUCAGAGCAUGUCUUUGACUUAAUUUUGGAGCUCUAUAAUAUUGAUAGUCAUUUGCUGCUCUCAGUUUUACCCCAGCUUGAAUUUAAAUUGAAGAGCAAUGAUAAUGAGGAACGCCUUCAAGUUGUUAAACUACUGGCAAAAAUGUUUGGGGCAAAGGAUUCAGAAUUGGCUUCUCAAAACAAACCACUUUGGCAGUGUUACUUGGGCAGGUUUAAUGAUAUCCAUGUACCAAUUCGCCUGGAAUGUGUGAAAUUUGCUAGCCAUUGUCUCAUGAACCAUCCUGAUUUAGCAAAGGACUUAACAGAGUAUCUUAAAGUGAGGUCCCAUGACCCUGAGGAAGCUAUUAGACAUGAUGUUAUUGUGUCUAUAGUUACAGCUGCUAAAAAGGAUAUUCUUCUGGUCAAUGAUCACUUACUUAAUUUUGUGAGAGAGAGAACAUUAGACAAACGGUGGAGAGUGCGCAAAGAAGCCAUGAUGGGACUUGCCCAGAUCUAUAAGAAAUAUGCUUUACAAUCAGCAGCUGGGAAAGAUGCUGCAAAACAGAUUUCAUGGAUCAAAGACAAAUUGCUACAUAUAUAUUAUCAAAAUAGUAUUGAUGAUAGAUUGCUUGUUGAACGGAUCUUUGCUCAAUACAUGGUCCCCCACAAUUUGGAAACUACAGAACGGAUGAAAUGCUUAUAUUAUUUGUAUGCCACACUGGAUUUAAAUGCUGUGAAAGCACUGAAUGAAAUGUGGAAAUGUCAAAAUCUGCUCCGACAUCAAGUAAAGGAUUUGCUUGACUUAAUUAAGCAACCCAAAACAGAUGCCAGUGUCAAGGCCAUAUUUUCAAAAGUGAUGGUUAUUACAAGAAAUUUGCCAGAUCCUGGUAAGGCUCAGGAUUUCAUGAAGAAAUUCACACAGGUGUUAGAAGAUGAUGAGAAAAUAAGAAAACAGUUAGAAGUACUUGUUAGUCCAACAUGCUCCUGCAAACAGGCUGAAGGUUGUGUGCGUGAAAUAACUAAGAAGUUGGGCAACCCCAAACAGCCUACAAAUCCUUUUCUGGAAAUGAUCAAGUUUCUCUUGGAGAGGAUAGCACCUGUGCACAUAGAUACUGAAUCUAUCAGUGCUCUUAUAAAGCAAGUGAACAAAUCAAUAGAUGGAACAGCAGAUGAUGAAGAUGAGGGUGUUCCGACUGAUCAAGCCAUCAGGGCAGGUCUUGAACUGCUUAAGGUACUCUCAUUUACACAUCCCAUCUCGUUUCAUUCUGCUGAAACAUUUGAAUCUCUCCUGGCUUGUCUGAAAAUGGAUGAUGAAAAAGUAGCAGAAGCUGCACUCCAGAUUUUCAAAAACACAGGAAGUAAAAUUGAAGAGGAUUUCCCACACAUCAGAUCAGCUUUGCUUCCUGUUUUACAUCACAAAUCUAAAAAAGGACCCCCCCGUCAAGCCAAAUAUGCUAUUCAUUGUAUCCAUGCGAUAUUUUCUAGUAAAGAGACACAGUUUGCACAGAUAUUUGAGCCUUUGCAUAAGAGCCUGGAUCCAAGCAACCUGGAACAUCUCAUAACACCGCUGGUUACUAUUGGUCAUAUUGCUCUCCUUGCACCGGAUCAGUUUGCUGCUCCUUUGAAGUCUUUGGUAGCUACUUUCAUUGUGAAGGAUCUUCUCAUGAAUGAUCGGCUUCCAGGAAAAAAGACAACUAAGCUUUGGGUUCCAGAUGAAGAAGUUUCACCUGAGACAAUGGUCAAAAUUCAGGCUAUUAAAAUGAUGGUUCGAUGGCUACUUGGAAUGAAAAAUAAUCACAGUAAAUCAGGAACUUCUACUUUAAGAUUGCUCACAACAAUACUGCAUAGUGAUGGAGACUUGACAGAACAGGGGAAAAUUAGUAAACCAGAUAUGUCACGUCUGAGACUUGCUGCUGGGAGUGCUAUUGUGAAGCUGGCACAGGAACCCUGUUAUCAUGAAAUUAUCACAUUAGAACAAUAUCAGCUAUGUGCUUUAGCUAUCAAUGAUGAAUGCUAUCAAGUAAGACAAGUGUUUGCUCAGAAACUGCACAAAGGUCUUUCCCGAUUACGGCUUCCACUUGAGUAUAUGGCAAUUUGUGCACUUUGUGCAAAAGAUCCUGUAAAAGAAAGAAGAGCUCAUGCCAGGCAGUGUCUGGUAAAAAAUAUCAACGUGAGACGCGAGUAUCUGAAACAGCAUGCAGCUGUUAGUGAAAAAUUAUUGUCUCUUCUACCCGAGUAUGUUGUUCCAUAUACAAUUCACCUUUUGGCACAUGACCCAGAUUAUGUCAAAGUACAGGAUAUUGAACAACUUAAAGAUGUUAAAGAGUGUCUUUGGUUUGUUCUGGAAAUAUUAAUGGCUAAAAAUGAAAAUAACAGUCAUGCAUUUAUCAGAAAGAUGGUAGAAAAUAUUAAACAAACAAAAGAUGCUCAAGGACCAGAUGAUGCAAAAAUGAAUGAAAAACUGUAUACUGUGUGUGAUGUUGCCAUGAAUAUCAUCAUGUCAAAAAGCACCACAUAUAGUUUGGAAUCUCCUAAAGACCCAGUACUACCAGCUCGUUUUUUCACCCAGCCUGACAAGAACUUCAGUAACACCAAAAAUUAUCUGCCUCCAGAAAUGAAAUCGUUUUUCACUCCUGGAAAACCUAAAACAACCAAUGUUCUAGGAGCUGUUAAUAAGCCGCUUUCAUCAGCAGGCAAACAAUCUCAGACAAAAUCAUCACGAAUGGAAACUGUAAGCAAUGCAAGCAGCAGCUCAAAUCCAAGCUCUCCUGGAAGAAUAAAAGGAAGGCUUGAUAGUUCUGAAAUGGAUCACAGUGAAAAUGAAGAUUACACAAUGUCUUCACCUUUGCCGGGGAAAAAAAGUGACAAGAGAGACGACUCUGAUCUUGUAAGGUCUGAAUUGGACAAACCUAGAAGCCGGAAAAAAACACCUGUAACAGAUUCAGAGGAGAAAUUAGGGAUGGAUGACCUGACUAAGUUGGUACAGGAACAGAAACCUAAAGGCAGUCAGCGUGGACGGAAGAGAGGCCAUACGGCUUCAGAAUCAGACGAACAGCAGUGGCCUGAGGAAAAGAGGCUCAAAGAAGAUAUAUUAGAAAAUGAGGAUGAACAGAAUAGUCCACCAAAAAAAGGUAAAAGAGGCCGACCACCAAAACCUCUUGGUGGAGGUACACCCAAAGAAGAGCCAACAAUCAAAACUUCUAAAAAAGGAAGCAAAAAAAAACCUGGACCUUCAACAGCAGAAGAAGAGGAAGAAGAAGAAAGACAAAGUGGAAACACAGAACAGAAGUCAAAAAGUAAACAGCACCGAACUUCAAGGAGAGCACAACUAAGCAGAGCAGAAUCUCCUGAAACUAGUGCAGUUGAAUCCACACAAUCCACACCACAGAAAGGACGAGGAAGACCAUCAAAAACGCCAUCACCAUCACAACCCCCCAAAAAUGUCCGUGUAGGACGCUCCAAACAAGCCGCUACUAAAGAAAAUGAUUCAAGUGAAGAAGUAGAUGUGUUUCAGGUUAGCUCUCCUGUCAAUGAUGAUAAUCCACAGGAAGAAACAGAGGAAGAAGAAGUUUCUGCAGUAAAUGUACGGCGGCGAAGUUCUAAAAGAGAAAGGCGAUGAACAAAUGUCAUUAAUAACUUUCCUAUGUGAAAGCUUUGAAAAAAAUAAUUUUUUGUCAAGCUUCAGGCCGAGUAAAGCCUUUGAUGCACAAAAUGGGACUGCUGAAGAGUGGACAGUUGGACCUUACUCUGAUGACCUCAUGUAUUUGUGGUCACAUGCUUUAGCCAUGCGCACAGUGAUAACAUUGAGUAUGGAGUCUUGUGAAAAAGUCUAAUGUGCGAUGGCUAUGUAGACAUAAACUAAAGAAGAAACUUGUAAAUAUAUUUUUUCUUCUUUUUUUCUUUUUUUUUUUUUAAUGUUUCUGACUUCUGAAGUGCUUGUAUAGCUUUUAUCUGUGGCUUUAAACUGACAGUACCCAGCUGUUUAUCGGAUCUAUUGAUUUGAAAAGAGUUUGUUAGGAUAGAUCUUAAGCAGUAAUCUGUCAGUGUUUGUAUUUGUAUUCUCUGCAGUUUUACUGUGAAAAUUUUUUUUCAACAAAUGGUGUCAUUUUCUUGAUGUCACGAUUUGUUGGAGAGCUGAAAUGAUCUCUUUCCCUUGUGUAUCUUACCUAGUGUUUACUCCUGGGCACCCUUAAUCUUCAGAGGUGCUAAAUUGUCUGCCAUUACACCUGAACAAUGCCUCUGAUGGGAGGACGCCACGCCAACUGUGGAAUAGUCCUGAAGUUGUUUGAUUAUUUUACACCUCAGUAUUGGUCCCAGAAUUUUCUGGCCUUUCAUGGCAAGGAAAAUUUUAAAAAGAGAGAGAUUUAAAAUAUUAUAAUUUUAAAGAGUGUGUUAUAAAAUAAUGUGCUGAAUUCUUUAUCCCAUUUUAUCAUCCCUUUUCAGUUUUUAUUAAUCUACUGUAUCAAUAAAAUUCUGCAGUUUGAAUUAGUUUUUAAUAGUCUAGAAUGUUAUUGUGUAUAGAUAUUUCCUCUUGAACAUUAUGUUCAGAAAAUGCAAAUUAUUACACUAUAAUAUAAAAUCUGAUAUAUACACAUUAGAAGUGUUUCAGUUCUCCAUAACAGUGUAAAGUUAAUCAGAAAGAAAAAAAUUUUAUUGAUGCAGUGUGUCUUUAUAAAGCUGUUCUUGAAAGCAAGUGUUUUGUAUUUUAUAGUGAGUUGCAUGUUUAUGAAAAAAAGUGCUGAAAAUGGGAUGUGCUCUUUUCUGUAAAUUCGUAUUUAGCCAUAGUAUAUGAUAGAUUGCCCCAUAACAUAGUUUUUCAUUAAGAGUUUAUUAUUGUACUUUAUUUUGGAGCCAAAAAUUGUUUCUGGGGGGGAGGGACAGGGUGGGAGUGAUAUAUCCAACUAUAUGAGCUACUGUAGGUAUCACAGUCUUAUGAACUUUGAAUGAAAUUCCACUUUGUCCAGAUUGGGAGAAGUGGAAAUAUAUUUGGGUUUAGAGCAUAUCUUUUUUCUUUUCUUUGUUGUAAUCUACAAAAUAUAGAAACAAAGGCAGCAUCCUUUAUACAGUUUUAUGAACUGUAUUUUCAACCAAAACAUAUAGGUUACAACAUAAUGCUUUCCUAAAUUCAUUUUAGUAUUUCAGGUGCUGUUCUUUCAUUUUUUCAUGGUUACCAUCAGAAAAGAAAAUCAUAUUCUAACUUAUUAAAUUUAUCACAGUGGAUAAUGGAGCAUUUUCAUUUAAUAUGCCAUUAUAUGUUUAAGGUAUAUUUCAAGUUGGUUAUAAUAGAUGGGGGAUAUAAUAAAGAAACUACUAUUUUGGAAAGUGACAUUUUACUAUUUUCCAGUGUAUAUCACAAUUGAUGUGAUUAUUUUUCUUUUGAAGAUUUCUUCAUGUUUAUGAAAUGACCUUUUAUUUUUUAAAAAAAAGUUUUGAAUUGUGUCUUAAUCUCUCAAUAUUUAACUAUUCUUCAUCUACAACAGUACUGACACCAGUGAUUAUGGGAGGCUGCUGUAUAUCAAGGCAGCUAAUGUUGGACCAAGAUACAGUUGGUUUUUAAAUGUGUCAUUAGCUCAGUUCUCCCAAACACGCUAUUUCUAUUUCAGCAGUACAAAGGCAUGUUUUUAAACCUAUAAAAUAAAGAAUAAGGGAUAGCUUUGUAUUUUUGUCGUUGACUAAAUUGCACCGGAAAUGUUUAUGGAAGUAUAUCUUUAAGACCAUUUUAUAAAACAGUGAAAAAAUGAUUGUGGAGGAUUUUUAUUUGCAUGAUCAUAGUUAACCAAAUUUCAUUGCACAUUUAAUCCUGUACAUCAGUUCACAAAAAAUGUUCAUUGUAGAUUUUCUUCAAUGACAGUGAGUCUGUGAUUUUAUAACUUGUCUGUUCACUUUUUGGGAAGAUUAUGAUGUAAAUUUUCCAUUUUUCUGUAGAAAAAAUAGGUGCAAUAAUGAUCAAAGUUUUGAUGUCCUGAGUCAUCUUAGGGGAUUAUCUCAUGUUGAAACUUAACAUUUCAUAUACUAACAUUUGGAGAACCACAUACUGUAACUAAAGUAAAAUUAAGUAUGUGUAAAAUGUUAAUUGCUAACAGUGGUUAGCAAACUCUUCAGUGAUAAUGUUCAUUUUGAAAAUAUAUACUGUAUAAAAAAAUUAAGAAAAUAUUUAACUCACUGUAACAAGUUCCAUUAUGAAGAUCUUAUGAUUCUUCAGUGAGGUUGUCUUGCUGCACUCUGUAGCAAAUCCGUUUAAUCUACACUAUAAUAAAAUUUCUUGCUGCAGUGCAACAGGAAGCUUUUUCAGUGAUCUCCACUGUAUAUGUAAAUUACAAAUGUGGCUGUAAAACUUGUUCCAGGUAUUAAAGGUUACAUUACUUUCUGUAUUUUCUUAUAACUUGUAAGUUUGAUUUUUAAGGUUUCCUUUUGCCCACUUAAAGAAUGUCAGGAAUUUAAGAAUUUGUUUAACUUAGGCAUAUCUCCCCUACCACAUAGUAUUAUGUCACUGUAAUGAACAGUUGGUAUUUAGAUAGAUAACCAAUUUUCAGACACAGUUUUGGAUUUUCUGUGCAGUUGAAUAAACAUGAAAGCUAAUAUAUAACUGUAUUAUUUUAUUUAUGUGAAUCUAUCUAUAUAUAUUUAAAUAUGUUUACUAAAUGGAGGAAGGCACAUUUUAGUGAUUUUUAAUUUUGGAGGCUUUGUUUCAUAAAGAGGAAAUAUAUUUCCUAGUAACAUUUUUCAGACUUCUUGUUUAAACUUCUCAUGCAACAUCUUGGCUGGCAGAGACUUACUAAAUAUUAUUUAAGUUAAAAGAUUGCAUAACUGAAGAAAAGAAAUGUAUAAUAUAAACUUUAAAAGUAAACACUAAGAAAAUAAGUUACUGUAGUGACAGUUUUAUUAAUUUGUUCAGGGAAUAUUUAUUGAGUACCUGCUAUGUGCUAGGCUAGUUACAGGGGAUAUAGUGUGAUCAGGAUAGAGUAAGUCUCUGCCCUUGUGGAGCUUACAUUCUCCACAAAGAGGUGGGGGACUAAGGAAAACAAUAAGUAAUAUAUAAUGUCAUACUGUGAAAAGUAUGGAGAUUAGAAAAGGAAAGCAGGAUAGAGAGUAGAAAUGAUUGGAGGAGAAGCUAUUUUUAUAUACUUUGAAGCUGCGUUAUUCAGUAAAAUUUAGGAUUGUUAAUGUCUUUAUGAUGAAGUGACACUUUUAUAAUUAUAAGACAUCAUUUGUUAGCUGUAUGAAUACUUCAUGCCUACUUUGUCUGACAAUUGAUAUAGCCAUACCAGUUUUGUUUUAACUGUUGUUUGCAUGACAAUACUUUUUCUGUUCCAUUAUUUUCAACCUGUUUAUGUCCUUAUGUUUAAAAGUGCAUGUCAUGUAAACAUUUUAUACUUUGGUCUUGUUCUUUUA